AACUCCAUUAAAAAGCCCAGCUUUCCUCCAUGUUAGAUGUGAAGUGGAAAAUGGGGAAGAUUUAGCGAAAUUCCACUGUGUCUUCAGCCAGGCUUGGUGAACAGGAGAGCAGAGUGAAACCCUCAGGCUGUUGAAAUUUCUAGACUCCCAGGAAGCCCCUAGAAUUGGGUGAAAAAUGAGGAUUCAUAACUCAAACUGAUGGGGGCAAGGGGCAGAUGCUUUUAAUCAUUCUCCCCAGUGUGUGUUACCUUUCUUGACCAGUAUGGUAAGCAAGAGGGCACAUGCCAGCCGCCUCGGACAAUUCUGCAUGAUCCGAGUUCCCCAAAGUAAGACAGAGUGACCUCAAGCCUGCGGCUCGCUUCAUGGGCUUUGGGAGAAGCAGGAGAAGCAACGGCAGCGGCACAGUCACAGCAGCUGGAGCCGUGAGAAUGAACUGCCAGGAGGGAAAUGACAGCAGCUGCGGCUGCGGUGGCCGCGAGGAGAAGAAGAUGCUGAAGUGCGUGGUGGUAGGGGACGGCGCCGUGGGGAAGACCUGCCUGCUCAUGAGCUACGCCAACGACGCCUUCCCCGAGGAGUACGUGCCCACUGUGUUUGACCACUAUGCAGUUACUGUGACAGUGGGAGGCAAGCAACACUUGCUCGGACUGUAUGACACCGCAGGACAGGAGGAUUACAACCAGCUGAGGCCGCUCUCCUACCCCAACACGGAUGUGUUUUUGAUCUGCUUCUCCGUCGUAAAUCCUGCCUCUUAUCACAACGUCCAGGAGGAGUGGGUUCCGGAGCUGAAGGACUGCAUGCCUCACGUGCCUUACGUCCUCAUAGGGACCCAGAUUGAUCUCCGAGAUGACCCUAAAACCUUGGCCCGUUUGCUGUAUAUGAAAGAGAAACCUCUCACUUAUGAGCAUGGUGUGAAGCUUGCAAAAGCGGUACCGAUUUGAAUUUCAUUUUAAAUGGAUGCUGAGAGAAGAGUUUGCGUAUGCUUUGGAAUGGAAGAACGACAUCGGCUUUUGCUUUAAAAUACAAUGUGUUCAGAGUCAUCUCUCUGCUUUAUACUCUCCCCUCUAUUCUAGUCAGGCUGGAAGGGACCAUUUGGUUAGCAUUCUUGUCAGCCAGCACUGUCUGUUUUUCAUUAAGAAAUUUGGUGAAUUUAAACAGCUGAAGCACUUAUCAUCUGAUUUAGCAACCUCUAAAAUUAUCCAUUUGCCAUAUUAAGUAUGAAUAAUGGGAAUCAUUAGAUACAUAUUUGUAAAUUUCAUUGCUUACUAUCUGUGUGACUCAUUUAAAUGACUUCAUAAAAGGCAUUUUGUGAUUUUCCUGGGAGAGACUUCGAUUUGCAUCUGGCAGGGUUAUAUUUGUUCAGUAUUUCUCACCCUAUAAUGAACAGCCACUUAGAGAGGCUGGAUUAUGUCACAAACAGCAUCUUAAAAGAGUAACACAGACCAAAAGGUAACUAGUUGGAGAAUCCAAGUGGCUGUUCGACAGAUAAUAGCUACUUGCUCACAGCUGGAACAAUUUCCACAGACCGUUCUUCAUUCCUAAGAGCUUAACAGUGAUUUUGUUGGGCAAAUGAUUCAGACCAAGUCUUUGUCUCCCAUUUACCACCAAGAUGUGUACAAAGGCAGACACUAAAAUGCACAUAAGAGGAUAAGGUACCAUAUGCAAGAGGAGGUUUAUAAAUCAUAUUUCCAUAACCUCCUCAUUGAUUUAGUCACAAACCCAUCAAGCCCUGCCAGAGGUUUCAGAAAUUUCUCUUUUACUUUCUAAAGUAACUAACCCUGCAAAUGUAUGCCCUGGGGCAGAGUUAGGGGUCCCUCUUUUAAAUAGGUCAAGAAUAACAUUAACUACCGAUUCUUUGUGAAUAAAAAUGCAUGCAUUUCUCUUAUUAAAACUUUCUUAUAGGCAACAAAAUUAAGUGAUACACUCGAAUAGAAAUGGGUUAAAGUUAUGUUUUAUGGAUGCAAUAUAUGAGAACAUCUUACAAAUAUUUGAUAAAGUUAACGCUUCCUACUUCUAUGGAUAGUAACGUCAGAACCAGCAGUGUGAGCCAUCCAUUGCGUUCUCACUAAGCACUUUACAAGCUCUGUCUAUUUCAGCCUCAUGCUCACCCUCUUAGGCACAUAGUCCUGGUCUCCUCUUACAGGUGAGGGAACAGAAUCUUAGGGAGAUGAACACGUUUGAUUCAUACAGCUGAUAAUAACACAAUAAAACAACUCUAAGCCAGCUCUGUGGACGUCAUCCCCAUGCACCUGACCUUGUGUAAUCUCUCCUCCAACCAUUGUUUUUCCUCCUAUAAGAUGGGCAUACAUCUACAGGUUCUUCUACCUUUUCUUCACGCAUCCAGCUUCCAUUCUCUCCCUAAGGUACAUAAAUAUAUAGCUCCAUAAAUGAUUGUAUGUGAUUCCCAACUAGGCAUUUUUCACAAAAAGGAGGUCCCGGAGGCCUCCUUUCUGCAGGAGCUUGUUUUCUGUGUCUCUUGCUUCUGGCCUCUCUCUCACCACCAUCCUGUCAGUGUCCUAGAUUGACUUCUCAUUUGGGAAGUCGUUUCUUCCCUCUGAGAAGUUGUUCCAAAGCCUCCCAUCUCAUUUCAUAUUUAUUUUAGGAACAAUGGCUGAGUUCACCACUUCAUUGCCUUUUGCCAGUUUCUCCUAGCAACUGCUCUCAGAUACUGAGAGAAUCAUGUUUAGCUUACAAAAUCCAAUUUAGAAGAAAACCAAGCAAGAGUUUAACUUGUUUCAUCACAAUUCAUGUAAUUAUAGAGAUGCUUUAAGUUUCUCUGCUCCCUGACUUUCCUGUCAAGUAGUUUAUAAAACAGCUAACAUUUAUGGUGUGUUUGCAGUGGGCUGGGUCUCAUGCCAAGCGCUUUACAUGCUUUGUCUUAAUUAAUCCUCACAGCAACCCCCUGAGGUGUAUAUAUUAUUACCUCCACUUUCCUAGAGGAAACUGAGGCUCAGAGAGGCUAAAGUCACACCGCUUGAAAGUGGCAGAGCCAGGAUAUGAAAUUGUGCUUUAACCACCAUGCUCUUCUGCUUCCUUCCUACAAUCUGAAAAGAAACCCUUAGGUUUGGGGCUUCUCUGUUUAUAGACUGAAGCCCCGUAUUUUUAUGUGUAUGUUCUCCC